AUGGCAGGAGGUGGGGGGGGGGGUCAUUGGGUGAGAGGAGAAAGAGGGUUGCAUAGCCGGAAAACGUGGAAGCUGCAGAACGGUCGAGGAAAGGAGGUCAACGACGUCCUUAAGGAUUUCGACGAACUCGAACGAACGGGUCUUGGACUCGGGAAUGCCAUCGUCGCCCGACGUUAUCCCGUGAAGUAUGAAGGCGGAAUAAUUUACCGGUAUGAACUGAAUUCCGUCGUACAAGUUGGCAACUCCGCCCCGACAUUUACGAAGGCUGCCAGCGUUAAAAGCGAUAUUCCGUGCUCUCGCCCAGCUGACGUUUAUCAAAUUGAUCUCGCCGGUCACACACACCGGUCGCGACAGUUCCGGCAAGUCAGUCCCCGGAGAGUUACCUGGUCACACCUGAGGAGUCCCGCCGUCAACCCUUGGCAGCGUUUCACAAUGACGGCGGCGUUUCAACGUAGCCGUCGAAGCAAAGUUGGGCGGACACGGGAGCACCGAAAGUGUGAAACUUCCUCGGAACUUUGACGUAGCCCCG